AAUAUAGAUCCGGCAAGAGCUUAGCUGUGAUCACUCCUAGCUGCUCAGCAAACCACUGAGGUUCCUGGGGGAAAAAAAAAAAUAUCUCAAGGUAAAAUAAUAUUUAGAAAAAACAAUGUCAGAGCACAGCAGAAAUUCAGAUCAAGAAGAACUUCUCGAUGAGGAGAUUAAUGAAGAUGAAAUCUUGGCCAACUUGUCUGCUGAAGAACUGAAAGAACUGCAGUCGGAAAUGGAAGUCAUGGCCCCUGACCCCAGCCUUCCCGUGGGAAUGAUUCAGAAAGAUCAAACUGACAAGCCACCGACAGGAAACUUCAAUCAUAAAUCUCUUGUUGAUUAUAUGUAUUGGGAAAAGGCAUCCAGGCGCAUGUUGGAAGACGAACGAGUUCCUGUCACCUUUGUGAAAUCCGAGAUUAGAAAUUGUGAGAACAACUGCCAGCAGGUAACUGACAAAGCAUUCAAAGAACAGAGAGACAGACCAGAGGCCCAAGAACAAAGUGAGAAAAAAAUAUCAAAAUUAGAUCCUAAGAAGUUAGCUCUAGAUACCAGCUUUUUGAAGGUAAGUGCAAGGCCUUCAGGAAACCAGACAGACCUGGAUGGGAGCUUGAGGAGAGUUAGAAAAAAUGAUCCUGACAUGAAGGAACUCAACCUGAACAACAUUGAAAACAUCCCCAAAGAAAUGUUACUGGACUUUGUCAAUGCAAUGAAGAAAAACAAGCACAUCAGAACAUUCAGUUUAGCCAAUGUGGGUGCAGAUGAGAAUGUAGCAUUUGCCUUGGCUAACAUGUUGCGUGAAAAUAGAAGCAUCACCACUCUCAACAUCGAGUCCAAUUUCAUCACAGGUAAAGGGAUUGUGGCCAUCAUGAGGUGUCUCCAGUUUAAUGAGACGCUAACUGAGCUUCGGUUUCACAAUCAGAGGCACAUGUUGGGUCACCAUGCCGAAAUGGAAAUAGCCAGGCUUUUGAAGGCAAACAGCACUCUCCUGAAGAUGGGCUACCAUUUUGAGCUUCCGGGUCCCAGAAUGGUGGUCACUAAUCUGCUCACCAGGAAUCAGGAUAAACAAAGGCAGAAACGACAGGAGGAGCAAAAACAGCAGCAACUCAAGGAACAGAAGAAGCUGAUAGCCAUGUUAGAGAAUGGGUUGGGGCUGCCCCCUGGGAUGUGGGAGAUGUUGGGAGGACCCAUGCCAGAUUCCAGAAUGCAGGAGUUCUUCCAGCCACCGCCACCUCGGCCUCCCAACCCCCAAAACGUCCCCUUCAGUCAACACAGUGAAAUGAUGAAAAAGCCAUCACAGGCGCCGCAGUACAGGACAGACCCUGACUCCUUCCGGGUGGUGAAGCUGAAGAGAAUCCAGCGCAAAUCUCGGAUGCCGGAAGCCAGAGAACCACCCGAGAAAACCAACCUCAAAGAUGUCAUCAAAACACUCAAGCCAGUGCCGAGAAACAGGCCACCCCCAUUGGUGGAAAUCACUCCCAGAGAUCAGCUGCUAAACGACAUUCGUCACAGCAAUGUUGCCUAUCUUAAACCUGUGCAACUGCCAAAAGAACUGGCAUAAGAGGCAACAGAGUCAUCUAGAAGAACAAGAAACGGGGAUAGUGGCUCUUGGAUUAUAGCAUGGAGACUAUGUCAGCAGCAAUACUUUAGGAUCCACGUGGGAGAACUGGGAACAAUGCUACCGUCUGAUAAGGGUAUUUGUAAAAGGCAGAAUGUUUGGGCCAUGAAGAAGUAGGGGCUGAAGAGGAAGGUGGAAAGAGAUACAAUAUAAUAUUCAGAGGCAAUAUUUUCUACUUGCAAUCAAUUUGAGUGACUUAGGUGAAAUUUAGAGUCAUGUUUCCAGAAGCAGAAGUUCAAAAAAAAUUUAAACGUUUGCUUUAUUAUUGUUUUCUUCUGGUAAAUAAUAAACAUAAUAGAAGUGUUAA